GCAUGUUUUUGUAGAUUCUGUACUUUUUUGUUUUUCUGGUAGAAGGUCCCACAGAAGCUGGUGCACAUGAUCUUCGCCAUUUUCGAGGAGCACUCCAUUAAAACAAAUUGCAAAUUCAACAGCUACCGAACUCAGCGCCAGAACGUGCUGCAGCAGCCACUUUAUUCAUCAAUCAAAGGCACAGUGUGGCCCAGCUUCAUGUCCUCUAAAAGUAGAAGAUUUGAAGCAAAGCAAAAGUAGUUGUUGACGGUUACGGUUACUCAUGAUUUGCCAGAUUGCUCUCAAAUCCUUAUAACUUCUGCCAUAAAUUGGAGUGCUCUGUUCCUUUCUUUCUCAUUGUUUUGCAUCUUGCUCUGAAAUUUGAGUGUUUUUUUUGUUUCUUGUGCUAAAAUGAAGAGGAUUGCUAGGUUUGAAGAGGUGUUAGGGAAAAUGUUUUUAAUGAGAGCCUUUUUUGUGGUUGUGGUGUUGUUUUUGGUGGAGGAGGUGGCUUCAUUUGAGGCAGAGGAACUGGAAUGGCGCCCUGCGACUGCUACCUGGUAUGGCAGUCCGGACGGAGAUGGAAGCGAUGGUGGAGCCUGUGGAUAUGGCGGCCUUGUGGAUCAGAAACCCCUUAAAGCGAGGGUUGGAGCUGUAAGCCCCAUUUUGUUCAAAGGCGGAGAAGGCUGUGGAGCCUGUUACAAGGUGAAAUGCAUGCAAGAAGGUAUGUGCUCAGAAAAGCCUGUUACUAUUAUAGUAACUGAUGAAUGCCCGGGAGGAUACUGUGCAUUUGGCAGAACGCAUUUCGAUCUCAGUGGAGCAGCAUUUGGCCACAUGGCGACUGCUGGCAAAACCCCCGAACUUCUCAAUUCAGGAGAGCUCCCAGUUCUCUACAGACGGACAUUGUGCGAAUAUCCAGGGAAGAACAUCACAUUCCAUAUAAACGAAGGAUCAACAGACUACUGGUUCUCCAUACUCAUUGAGUAUGAAGAUGGUGAUGGAGAUGUGGGAGCAGUCCAUCUGAAAGAGGCUGAUUCAGAUUCAUGGAUGGAAAUGAAGCAUUUGUGGGGGGCAAACUGGAGUGCUUUGGGAGGACCAAUGAAGGCUCCAUUCUCUCUGCGCAUCACGUCUCUGUCCUCCAAAAGAACACUCUCUGCCAGAAAUGUCAUACCCCACAACUGGUUUCCUAACGCUACAUACAGAUCACGCCUUAAUUUCGACGACUAGACAAAGUAUAUUUUGUAUUGGCUUAUUCUAUCAUGUAUACUGCCAUUUGUGAGGAUGUAAGAAUAGUUGCAGUAGCCGUUGUAACCGUAACGGACAAAAUUCGGUGUAGUUAGCUGAUUAUAUCCGUUCCCCAAAAUAGGGGUUUGUAAUCUUUGGAAGAUAUUAGUUUUGUAUAUAUAUAUAUAUGCUUAUUUC